AUGCCCCUUCCACAAAUUUGUAGUACAAUCUUGUAUUUCAUUUUCCUGCUUCGUUUACCAGCAAUAUGUGGUGGUCCAGUUGCCAAACCAGGAUGCCGAAAUAUGUGCAGGAAUUUGGCCAUUUCAUAUCCAUUUGGAAUCGGGUCGAAUUGCUCGCUCGACCCGUCCUUUACCAUUAGCUGCAACACUUCCACAGAGCCUCACAAGGCGUACCUUUCCAUCAUUGAUAAACAAUUGACUGAAAUAAACGAGACCUAUAUUCGGGUCAAGUAUCCGAACCUGGUUUCCGUUUGCUAUGAGUCUGAAGGUGAUUUGCAUAAAGAUAGUAGUGUGAGUGUGAACUUGACAGGGACUUUGUAUUCUCUGUCCAUGUACACAAACAGGCUCACAGCCAUAGGAUGCGACGAUGCUGUGCUGCAGUCCAAUGGAACUUACAACAACGGGGGCUGCUCAGCGUUUUGCGAGGACCACAACGCUAAAACGGGGUACUGUCCGUUUGAUCCUACUUCCAUCGGUAGUGGUUGUUGCCAGGCUCAAAUCGUCGGAGAUACAGGUUUAGUGGGAGCAGAAUUAAUAGACUUGAGCAGGAAAGUGCAACGUAGGAAGCUUUUCCCAUGCAGCUACGCCUUUAUCCAGGAGGCUGACAAUUGGGCAUCGGCAACAAGUCCACCAGUGGUGCGGCUGGACUGGAUUGCUGGGGUUGAGAACUGCAGCCGAGCAAAGCUAAAUCCUACUACUUACGCAUGUCGAGAUGAUAGGAGUUUAUGCGUUGAUGUUGCUAACGUCAGUAGAGGAUACAGGUGCAGCUGCGUGCAAGGAUAUGAGGGCAAUCCUUACCUUCCUGGAGGCUGUCAAACAAUUGCAUUUCCCAGUUCAAUUGCAAGAAAUGGGUGCCAGGAUCAGUGUGGGAAACUGUCAAUUCCAUUUCCAUUCGGAAUAGGGCCGAAUUGCUCUUUGGAUCCAUCCUUUGAAGUAGAUUGCGAUACCUCCGCGAACCCUCCCAAAGCUUACCUCUCUAUUCUCAAGAAAGAAAUCACCCACUUAAAUUUAUCACAGGUUCGGGUGGACUAUCCAACACUUGGUUAUGCUUGCUACAAUAGGUCGGAUCCUCAGCAGAGAAUCAUUAAGACGGAAGAGCAAAGCUUGAGGAUUGACUUGUCAAAAACUCAACUCACGUUGUCGGAAGAUAGUUGGAUUUCCGUGAUCGGGUGUGAUGAUAUAAUGGUGGGUAUGACUCGACAUGUCAAUCGAACUUCUGUUGGCAGUACAUGUGCAGCUGUUUGCAAGGAUAACCAAAUUGCUAACGAUUAUUACGCAUAUUGUCCGACUAAGAGGGCUGAGUACUGGCCUGGCAAUGGCUGCUGUAGGGCACCCAUUCCCAAAGGAACCUCCUACCUGGAAGCCAAUUUGAGCGAGUUGAGUGGCCGAUGGCCGCGAACCAAUUUCUAUUGUAGUUACGCCUUCCUUGGAACCAAGGAUGACUAUUAUGAAGCAACAUACCCCAUUUUGAAUAACUCAACACAGAUUCUAUCUAAUGAUCCACACAUAAAUUACCGACACACGAUAGUUUCACUGGACUGGAGGAUUGGUGCCGUAAAUUGCAAAGAUGCGCGAUUGAAUCCGACUGAUUAUGCGUGUCAGAAUAACACUAAGUGCAUUGAUUUUGAUGAUACAGUUAGAGGCUACCUCUGCAACUGCUCCGAAGGAUACCAAGGCAACUCUUACCUUAGCCCAGGAUGCAAAGAUAUUGAUGAAUGCGCUGAUAGUACAACUAAUGCAUGCGUUUCAAAUUCAAUGUGUAUCAAUGUUGUUGGAUCUUAUCACUGCUCAUGCCCCAAAGGAUAUGUUGGUGAUGGGAAGAAAGAUGGCACCCGCUGUAUUAAGUUGUCGCCAUCCAACACCAAGGCCAUAAUCUUGGCAGGUAUGGGCUCUGGAUUAGGAUUUCUUGUACUCAUCUUAAUUUCCUUUUGGUUGAUUAAAGUAUUGAAAAGGAGAAGGGAAAAAGUGAUUAAGGACAGAUUUUUCAAACGAAAUGGCGGUCUUCUCUUACAACAACAACAAAAAAAUGAAGGCACAAUUCGAAAAACAAAACUUUUCACUGCAGAAGAGUUGGAGAUAGCUACUGAUCACUUUAAUGAAAACCGAAUCCUUGGACAUGGAGGGCAGGGUAUUGUCUAUAAAGGUAUGUUAUCUGAUGGAAAAAUUGUGGCAGUGAAAAAAUCAAAGUUGGUUGAAGAAAAGCAAUUGAAACCGUUCAUAAAUGAGGUCGUUAUAUUGUCACAAACCAAUCACAAGAAUGUGGUCAGUUUGUUGGGUUGUUGCUUGGAAACGGAAGUUCCUUUGCUUGUGUAUGAAUUCAUGCCAAAUGGUAGCCUUUAUAAUCUCAUACAUGAUCCAAAUAAUGAAUUUCCAUUUCCAUGGAACAUGCGUUUGAAAAUCGCAGCUGAUAUAGCAGAAGCAUUGGCCUAUUUACACUCUGCAUCUUCUGUAGCGAUCUAUCACAGAGACAUCAAGUCAAGUAAUCUCCUUUUGGACGAGAAAUAUGUUGUCAAAGUGUCGGACUUUGGAACUUCAAAGCCCAUUUCUGCAGGCCAAACUCACUUAACUACUCUGGUUAAAGGGACGUUCGGAUAUUUAGAUCCAGAGUAUUUUCAUUCGAGUAAAUUCACGGAAAAGAGCGAUGUUUAUAGUUUUGGAGUGGUUCUUGCCGAGCUUCUUACUGGUAAAAUGCCAAUUUCUCUCGAUGAGGAAGAGGAGGAAAGAAGCCUAGCUACUCGGUUUCGUACGUGCAUGGUAAGAAACUGCCUGGACAUGAUUUUGGAUCCUCAAAUUUUGGAGCAAGGUAGAAAGGAAGAGGUGGUUUUAGUGGCUAAACUUGCUCAAAAAUGCUUGAAUUUGAAAGGAAAAAUGAGACCAACUAUGAAAGAAGUGGCUAUUGAAUUGGAAAGUUAUAGGUUAUCUCAAAGGUCUAUUAGAGUUGAAGAUGAAUCUGAAGAUGUGAGAGUCGAAGAUAACACAGAAGAUGUGAGGAUUUUUGAAGACAUUCCUGGAUCAAUUUCAGAAAAUGAUUUCACAUUGCCAGGUAGAUAGUGUGUGUAGCCGUGUUGUAUAAGAAUUUACACAUCUGUUUUAUUUAAUUAUGUUGUCAAACGAA